AUGAUUCCAAUUUUGAAUCCUACAACUAAGAUCAUGUAUCAUGUGUCUUGUAACAACAUCAUUGUACGAAAAUUAUGCAACUUCUUAGAUAUUUUUGAUAUAACUGAAAACGUAGACAGCGUUUAUUCGCUAUAAUUUAUGAUGGAUAAAAAUACAAAUGAAAAUGAAAACCUAAGCGAAGAAAAGAUGAAACUAAUUCGAUAUACAAUUAAGAAAAGGAAAGAAUUAAAUAAAAGAAAGUCGAAAGGAAGAGGAAAGAAUUUUUCGAAUGAGGAAGAUUAGCGAUUAUUAAACUGUGUUAAAAGGAAAGGACCAAAAUUUCAUAAGUUCUUCAGAUAAUUUCCAGGAAAAACCCCUAAUAUGUUAAAGAAUAGAUAUUAUAAAUAACUAAGAUUUGCUUGGGAUCACAUAUCAGAUAAGUAUUUUUUUAGAUUAUUUAAGACAAAAUCAUCAUUUCAAUUUUCUACCUAAAGAGCAAAUGGCAAUAAUCUAAAAAGACUUUGGUUAAUUUAAAAAAGAGGAUAUUGAAAAACUCUAAUUGUUUCCAGAAGCUAAAAAAUUACUAUCUAAUUUUUUAGGCUGUUUAUCAAGCGUAUUUAUAAAUAUAAACUCCAUCUUUCUAUAAGAGAACAUAUAAUGA